AAAGACGAUCCGUGAUUAGAACGGUACAGUCCCACUGUGUUUUACCCGCACCUCGACGCUGCCUUACAAACGCCAGUAGGGGAAUUCUGUAGCGGCAAUGGCAGGCAUCCCGCCCCACAUGUUGCUGGAGCGUGAGAUCUUGGAGGUCAACCUCGAAGCCGUGAAGAAAGCGCUAGAAGACGGAGCUUCGCCGAAGGGCCAGGACGACGCGAACAAAAAGCCGAUCCACUAUGCAGUUGAGGUUGGGUCAAUCCCGGUCAUAGAGGUGCUGUGUGAAAGGGGCGCGGAUCUAGAUGUUCCCAACGCGGAUGACAAUGAGAGCGCCCCGCUGCACGUGGCCACGAGGAGGAACUUCGAGGGCGUGGUCCGGCUCCUCCUCGAGAAGGGCGCGGAUGUCAACGCCAAGAACGGCAUGGGGCAAACGGCGCUCCACCUGGCAACUAUUGCUGACAAUAAGAAAAUUGUGGGCUUAUUAAUAGAAAAAGGAGUGGAUUUACAAGUUACUGAUGUAAACAACGAGAGCGCAAUGCGGAUCGCGACCCGCGCGGCGUCCAAGGCGACCCUGGAGCUCCUGAAGCAGGGCGGCUGCCCCCUCGACGCCGUGACCGAGGACGGCGCGACGCUCCUGCACCUGGCGGCCACGUACGGCAACCUCGAGGCCGUCAAGUGGCUCGUCCGGAACGGCGUCGACACCGAGGCGCUGGACCGGAUGGGCGAGACGGCGGCGGCGGCGGCGGAGAAGGAGAGGCAGACGCACGUGGUCGAGUGGCUGGCCCGUCACAAGGCCAUGAAGAAGGCAAAACUCCCCAGAGCGUGUGACUUCCUCGAAGAUCUGACGAAGUUGAUCCAGGAAGGGAAGGACGUGAAUGCUCUUUACACAGAGGGUUAUGGGCAAGGUUUCUGUCCCCUGCACCUCGCCGCCGAAGCAGGAUACGAGACCGUGGUUGACUACCUGAUCCACGAGGGAGCUGACGUCAGUGUCAAAUGCAGCAACGGAAUGACGGCUCUCCACCUAGCGUCCUGGGGAGGCCACGCGAAGGUCGUGGAAAAGCUGAUAAUCGCCGGAUGUGACGUCACAGCACUGGACGACGAAGGGAACGCUGCCUUCCACCUGGCCAGCAUCGGCGGCCACAUCCACACCCUGCAGCUGCUCUACCCGUUGGUCGAGCCCGAGGUUCCGACCUGCGAAGGGAAGACCGCCCUUCACCUGGCGGCCGAGUACGGGAAUCUGAAGGCCGUUCGCUGGCUUCUCGGCAAAGGACUCGACCCGAACAAAGUCGAUUCCUCGGACCUCACGCCGGACGCCUACGCUCGCCGGGAGAAGAACACCGAGGUCCACGAGUGUCUGCUUCGCUGGAAACAAUACAUGAGGGAGAAGUCGACGAUACAGCGGUACCAGAGAGAGAACCAGAACCUUCGACGAUUACAGGCUCGAAUGAGAGAAGAAAUUCAGAGAUUAGAAAACGAAGCCAAAGAGAUGAAAAAGGACAACGGGAAGCUGAAGAUGCAGAUUCGAGUUCUGUCAACUCUCCUGAAGUCAAAGGAAGACGCAGCGGCCGAGCAGACUCAGGAGGAAGAAGAAUGAACAUUAAAUCCGCUCUCGCACGUCAAUAACUGAUUUGUAUUUAUCUGUUUUUAUCUAUUUACUUCUUUGUGUUAUUAAUGUAAUAUAAUUAGUUCUGAUAAAUGUCAUAAAUUUUUAAUUUGGAUUUUUCUCAUAUAAAUAAAGAAAUAUGAUUUU